ACGCGAAGCGCAUCAGUUUACAAGAGCGAUUCCCCCCCUCCCCCUUUAAGCAAACAACACAACUUUGGCCGGCGACUCCCUGCAAGAUCCGCCGGCUCCUGAGGCGAAGGAAAGGCGGAGCCGACCAGGCAGGGAGAGAUGCCGAAGGCGGGGCUGCCAAGGGCGGGGUAGGCGGCUGCAUGUCGAGCGGGCUCCCGAGAGGAGCCGCUAGUCUGGGUCCCUCCGCGUGCUAGUUCGGGAUCGCGUCGCCCCGGGCCCCGAGACGGAGAAAAGUUGUUAGAUCCUCUUGCCUUAGAACACAGGACAGUCAUUGGUCAAGAAGAACAUGGAUCAGAAUGAAGAUCGGAAAAUGAAUCCUGAAAGAACUUGGGAGAAUUUCAACAAUUUGAUGAUGGAUUUACAAGUGGUUGGCACACCAGAUGCUCUCCCCCAUGUUCAUAAAAGAAUCUAUAUUGAUGAGUUUGACUGUCCUCCCAGUAAGCACUGCAAACACGACCUUUUCCCUAAAUGGCAUUUGCCGGUGAAGACAGCAUUGGUACUGUCCUUGUUAACCUUUAUCUACACUUUCCUAAGGGAUGUCAUCCAUCCCCUUGUAACUAAUCAAGGAAAUACAUUUUAUAAAAUCCCAAUCCUGGUCAUAAACAAAGUCUUACCAGUGGUUUCGAUUACCCUGCUGGCUCUGGUUUAUUUACCAGGAGUACUGGCUGCAGGUUUCCAGUUCCACUAUGGAACCAAGUAUAGACGUUUUCCACAAUGGUUGGACAGAUGGAUGUUAUCGAGGAAACAGUUUGGACUUCUUAGCUUCUUCUUUGCCUCGUUACAUGCCUGCUAUAGCUUGUGCUAUCCAAUGAGGAGAUCCUACAGAUACAAACUCUUGAACUGGGCAUAUCAACAGGUGAAGCAGAAAAGGGAAGAUGCCUGGAUAGAACACGAUGUCUGGAGAAUGGAGAUUUAUGUGUCUCUAGGAAUUUUGGGGCUUGCUCUACUGGCUGUAUUGGCAGUAACGUCAAUUCCAUCUGUCAGCCACUCGCUGACCUGGAGAGAGUUUCAUUAUAUCCAGAGCAAGAUGGGACAUUUAGCUUUGCUGCUGUGCACCAUUCAUGCAUUAGUGUUUGCAUGGAAUAAGUGGAUUGACAUAGGCCAGUUUAUAUGGUAUACUCCCCCUACUUUUAUGAUGGCAGUCAUUCUUCCAAUUGUGGUUCUGACUUGUAAAGCUAUCCUGCUUUUGCCAUGCCUUAGGAAGAGACUAGAGAAGAUCAGAUCUGGCUAUGAUGCUAAUGCUCUGGCAAGUAGGACACAGAUAACUUCCAGACUGUAGAUUUUAAAUGUGCAUGUACUUUGCUGGCCAUAUUCAGUUGUUGUUGUU